AUGGGUGCUAGUCACUGCGCCCCAAAACCAGAACGCCCCAUGCAUGAGCGCCCCAAACAUUUUUACCGGCGCCCAAAAUCCUGGCAGGUCCAAAAAUUUUCCUGGUUGACCGAUCUUGAUGAACAAAACACCAAUGUCGCCGUGGAUGUUGACGAAUUUGCACGUGUGCACGUAAACAAACAGAGAGCCGUAAUGGUAUCAAGAGACAGACAAUUGAGAGAUACCGAGUUUGACAAACACCACACAAUGUUUGAUUUUGCAACAGGAAAAAUUGGAAUCCGUUUCAAGUUCCGACUCCCCCCUGCUGGACAUAUCCUUCCAGGUGAAUCAGCAGAGGAUCCAGCUGACGCUGAUGACAAAAAUGUUGGUGAUAUUUUUGAGGAUGGUGAUUUUGCCGAUAAAGACUAUCCAGCAGGAUUUUUCGGUGGCUUCAACCGCAUUUUCCGAUCCCGGCCUGUUGAAGUUUGCUUUAUAGGAGAUAGUUUGGUUAACAUGACACAAGCUAUGGAAGAGUUUGAAAGAAGACAAAUGAUGGUUGAAAUUGAAACUGGUGCUAGAGCUGCUUACAGUGUGGCAGCUGCUAACAAAUUGACCUCUGACCAACUGAAGGCUCUCAGUCCAGCCAUCGCUAGAUUCUGCUGCAGAGCCGCCAAGCUGGACAAUGUAUACCAACUGACCGCCACCGGAAUCGUGGGACCUUCCACUUCCACACUCCCUUCAACGAGCUCCUCCACCUCCCCCUCCACCACCACCACCACCACUCAACCUACAACUACCGGUGGUGGCAUACUACCCAACAGGCCAUUCCACCCAGGGCUUAUUGAAGUAAACCCUCCAAGCUCCUUCCUCGCCUCUGGAUUCAUGAACCCAGCCAACCCAUCUCUGUCCAUUCCCUUCCAGAUAUCUCUGGCUUCUGAUGUGGGACAAAUUUUGAAAAAUGGAAAGGAAUUCAACAGAAGGAAAGAGCUGAUAGGAAUGCAGUCGGUAGCUGUUUGCCUGAGUUUCUUCUCGGUAGUUGUUUAUGGGUACCCGACAGGGGCUCCUGCGGGUGUAUGUCAGACUAUGGUCCCUGGUCACGGUGCUGCCGUGCAAACCGGGCCUUCGCCUUACAGAGUAACUAUGAACACCACAAGUUAUACAGCUGGGGAUCGCAUCAUGGUAACUGUAUCUGGGGGAACCUUCAGAGGAUUGCUUGUCGAGGCUCGUCCUGCAAACUGUUCUACGGUUACUUUCCCGACAUUUUCUCUGAUGGUCAGUGAAUCAAACCUCCAGACCCUCGCCUGUAAUGGUGUGCCAAAUAGUGCUAUCACACAUACUAACAGGAAUGACAAAACUGAGGCAAAUUUUUACUGGACUCCCUCUUCUAGUCUUGGCCACGUAUACUUCCGUGCUACAGUAGUACAAGUGUUUAACACGUACUGGGUUGGUAUUCAGUCUCCCGUUCUGCGUGACAAUAAUUCUACUGACCCCGUCCCUGAUCCUAUUUGUCAGAUUGAUACUACUGCAGCAUCUACUACCUUAUCAACAACUACUACUACUCACUCAGUUACUACUAGUCAGACAGGAGGGAGUGGAGGAAAUUCGGGCAACAACGCAGGGGCGGAUCUAAAGUUAGCUGUGUCGCCUUUAAUUAUCAUGCUUGUGGCAUUAUUCCUAAUAAUAUAGAGUUCUCUUUUUGUAUAUUAUGCUAUUUAUUCAAAUUCAUGAAAAGAAAAAAUGUUAUUAAACAUCCAGCUAUAAAAACUCCUAGACAACCAAGCUAUGAAACAAAUUUUAAAUAAAAGUGACUUUGAAAGUGGCAUUUUAUUUGACAUUAUUGAUAUUGCUCUUGAAAUGCAGAAAUAAAAC